AUGCCCAAAAAGCGGAAGGACGAGAGCGAGCCGGAAAAGGUUUUCUCGAGUGUCUUCAGAGUCGCCGACUGGGGAGGGGGGCGCCCGCUCGGUUCGCAACCGAAUCUCAAAUCACCAUCCACUAUUUCAAUCCCACGAGUUGAGAGAAAGUGCAUGAUGCCUCCACAAAAGGUCGCCUGUAAGCUGUGCAAUCUGCGGCGCGUCAAAUGCGAUCGCAUACCCGGCUCUGCCUGCUCGAAUUGUCGUGUUGCCGGCGCCGAUUGUGAGCUUAUUGAGUCGAGGCGGGGGAAAUACACUCGAACUGUUACCAGACGACCUCGAGAGCGAGAGCGAGAACGUGCCUCGCCCUCUUCGCCUCCCCAACCUUCCGCAUCCACAGCAUCAUCGUCAACACCAGGGGAUGCCACCCCAACAUCCCACAAACCCCGGUCCUCAAACCGCUAUGUCAGCCCCUCUCUCUCCGAGGUUGCCGUGCACCGCGACAGCCCCAACGACGCCGGCAAAGUGGUGUACAUGGGCGACUCGGCAAACUUCAAAUACGUCCUCCACGAGGUCGGCGACCCCUUCUCGGACGGUAACACUGGUGCCAGCGCCGCCCGCCACUCCCGCUUCUGGGGCGACACGCUCCAGAAAUCCAUGGUCGAGAAACUGGAUCGGUACACGCAGUCCGCAAUUCACAACCUCCGCGCAGAGGACGAAGAGAUCCUGCGCUCCGCAGGCGCCUUUGCCCUUCCCCGGAAAGACCUCAGCGAUGCCCUCGUCGAGGUCUUCAUGCGCUGUUCAUUCCCCGCAUUUCCCCUUUUUCCACAGGAAGACUUCAUGCACAAGUAUACCGACGGAUCACUCUCACCAUUACUGCUAAGCGCCGUCUACAUGGUCGCGACCUUCCACGCCCCCGAAGCACUGCUGCACGAAGCCGGGUUCGCCUCGCGGUACCACGCCAGCAUGACAUUCUACCGGCGCGCGAAGGCGCUGUACGAUGCGGACUUCGAGUCCGAUGGGAUCUGCACGCUGCAGGCGACGAUUCUCAUGUCGAAUUGGUGGGCUGGGCCCGUCGAGCAGAAGGAUACGUGGUUUUGGUUGGGUGUUGCGGCGGGGUUGGCACAGGCGUUGGGGAUGCACCGAGCAAAAUCGUAUGAUAUGCUCCCGAAAGAGACGCAGAGGGUAUGGAGAAGGAUAUGGUGGGUUCUUUAUAUAAACGACAUCCACCAUGCCGCCGUCUACGGCCGACCACCGCACAUCCACCCGAGCUUCUGCGACAUUGCAUCUCUCCGGGAAGAAGAUUUCGAGCUCGAUGCGCAAGGUCCAAGUCCAAGUCCAGGCACAGGUCUGAGUACUGGUAUAAGCCACGAGGGCUCGUACGAGGGCAGACUGUACCUGAUCCACCUGGCUGAUUUGAUUACCCGGGUCGGCGAAUGCCUUGUCUCAAAACUCUCCUCCUCUCCACACACAGAAACAAACCAGACAUCCUACGACAAACUCCUUCAGUGGAAGGAGACCCUCCCGCCACGAUUCAGAGAGAUACCCUCCCUGAUAACGCCCGAAAAUGGGUUCUGGCCUGCGUUGAUUCACUUGUAUUAUUGCGACUACCAAAUCGUCUUCUACCGCAUGCUCUCCGAAACCCCCGUAACAGUCGGUCUCUCCUCUCCGCUCUUCGAAGCCGCCGCGCGAGUGAGCCGUCUUCUAGAAGACCUCGUUGCAUCGGGGACACUGCAUAAUGCACCUUUUCUCAUCUUACCCGCAAUCUUCGCCUCAAUCGUCGUCCACGCCUCCAACAUCCGGCGCGGCGAGCGCGACGUCCGGACCGUCUCCGAGCACCGUGCCGCACUCGCCAUGCACGUCCUCGACCGGUUCCAGGAUAUGUACCCGAUUGCGAUCUGGACGAGAUACUUGCUUGAUGGGUUGUUGAGGAUGUCGUUGGGGCACCAGGGGCAGGGGCAGGGUGGAGACUCGGAGAGGGAUGCGGUGGGAGAGCACGAGGGGUUUAGUCCGUCUGAUCCGUCCGGGUCGGGGGCUGGCUCUGUGCAGGGGCAGAUUCCAACGCAGCCGCAGGCGCAGACUUAUGCUGGGGUUCCAAUGGGUAUGCACGUCGGGGGACAAAUGGGCAUGGGACUGGGCAUGGGAAUGAGCAUACCCGUCGGAGUCGGAAGCCGGAACCCAUACCCCAUGCAACAAACGACAUCCUUCGAACGAAGCAUAAACAUGAACAUGCACGAUGUCCCCGGGGCCGAUUACACCGGCACGGGGACGGGAACAGGAACGGGGACACCGGGCUCUGGGGCAGGUCUACCAACGCCUGAAGGUGUCGCGACAGGGACUACAGAGAGCGAAGGUGGUUAUACUGCUUCUGCCGUCUCGGCAUCCGGUGGGGCUGCGCCUGUGUCUCUGGAAUAUUGGACCGAACACCGGCUUGCCGGGGUGCCGGUGUUGUUUCCGUUUAGCAAUAUGCUUGAGGAUGCCGGGGUUGAUCCGGAGACGUGCUUCGGGUCUUGGAAUAUAAAUCCAGGAGGGUUGGAGUAA